UACAGUUUCAGCAUCGAACUGUUCGUGUCGUUCGUUGCAUUAUGUCUGGACGUGGAAAAGGAGGCAAAGUCAAGGGAAAGGCAAAGUCCCGUUCGAGCCGCGCUGGAUUGCAGUUUCCAGUCGGUCGUAUUCACCGUCUACUCCGAAAGGGCAACUAUGCCGAGCGUGUUGGAGCCGGUGCUCCCGUCUACCUGGCUGCCGUGAUGGAGUAUCUGGCCGCUGAAGUUCUCGAGUUGGCAGGAAAUGCCGCUCGUGACAACAAGAAAACCCGAAUUAUCCCACGUCACCUGCAGUUGGCCAUCCGCAACGACGAAGAGCUGAACAAACUUCUUUCCGGAGUGACCAUCGCUCAGGGUGGUGUCCUGCCAAACAUCCAGGCCGUCCUGUUGCCCAAGAAGACCGAAAAGAAGGCCUAAAUUCGAUCCAAGUUCCCACCCUUUAACAAAAUCCGUCCUUUUCAGGACGACCAAUUUGAUGGUAAAGAGUUUCGUUUUCAAAACAGUUUAUUUCGUGGUGCGCAAGGAGUGAUAAAAUGAAUCCAUUAAAAACAUGGUUGAAUCUUUCUGUCAUGCUCUCCCUAGUUAAUUGAUAUCCUCAUCGAGUAGGUUCGAUGAUGGUUGAUUAGUGUAGGCGUGUCUUGAAUUCCAAGAAAUUAACCAGUGCAGUGUUAUCAUUCCAUCCAAUCAAUCGACUAAAUUUUCAAUAGCGCCCUAAAAUAUCCAUCAGUACCGUCCCAACGACGCGUUCAUAUAGAUAAGAUAGGUAAAUAGCAGAUUUUUAGCGAUGGGCCCAAUCUUAGAUCCAUUUCCCCUACCUUGCAGAGCUGCGGUGGCCCUGGACUUAUGGCCUACAUUGAUGCAGCGGAAU